AUGCCGGUGCUUCAGAAACGUAUGAACAAGGACACCUUUGGGGAAGUUCUUGCGAGAGUCUCGGCAAGACUGGCGGGUUGGAAGAGUUGUGUUCUCAGUAUGGCUGGACGGCUAACUCUCACGAAAUCGGUUUUGUCCUCCAUACCGGUUCACUCAAUGAGCUCAGUAAUGCUUCCUCAAUCAACGCUUUCGAGUUUGGAUAAGAUCUCUAGGUCCUUCCUGUGGGGGAGUAGCGUAGAGAAGAAGAAGCAACACCUCUUAUCGUGGAAGAGAGUGUGUAGACCUAAACGGGAAGGUGGUUUAGGCAUCCGUUCUUCGAAGGAUAUGAAUCUGGCUUUAGUGGUGAAAGUUGGCUGGCGACUUUUGCAGGAUGAGCACUCGCUAUGGGCUCGUGUCGUGCGAAAGAAGUAUAAAUUGGGCGAUUUACAUGAUAGAACUUGGCUGAUCCCAAAGAGUACCUGGUCGGCUCUCUGGAGAGGUGUAGCAAGGGGCUUGAAGGAGGUUAUUUGGCCGGGCCAUCGUUGGGUUGUUGGUGAUGGAGAGCAGAUUCAGUUUUGGUUGGAUUCUUGGCUUUCAGAUAGACCACUCAUCCAUUCGGCUACUGGCGAGCUCCCUGGAAACGCGCAACUUCUGUUGGCGAAGGAUAUGUGGAGAGAGGGCAUGGGUUGGGACUUUACGAGGAUAGGUCCUUUUCUACCAGAGAAUCUAAAGUUGGAACUAAUGGCGGUGGUUCUUGAUCAUGUAAUAGGAGCUACAGAUCGGAUAUCUUGGAAGGGGAGUGCUGACGGAGAAUUCUCGGUGUCAUCGGCCUAUAGGCUAAUCACUAGAGAUGCUCAGCCAAGGCAGGACAUGGCUUCUUUCUUUGAUCGGAUAUGGCACGUGGUCGCACCGGAACGGGUGCGUCUUUUUCUUUGGCUCACUAGUCAUCAAGUUCUCAUGACUAAUGUAGAGAGGAAGAGAUGCCAUUUGUGUGAUUCAGAGAUUUGCACAGUUUGUAAGGGAGGUUUUGAAACCAUACUUCACACCCUUCGGGACUGUCCAGCGAUGGCAGGUAUUUGGGAGAGAAUAGUGCCACGCCACAUGAGACAGAGCUUCUUUCAAUCCUCUCUGCUGGUAUGGUUAUAUGAUAACAUUCAGGCCAGUGUUAUAGUAGGCGAUAUUCCCUGGUUUACGACUUUCGCAAUAGCCGUUUGGUGGGGUUGGAAAUGGCGCUGUGGCAAUGUGUUUGGAGAAAAUCAGAAAUGUCGUGAUCGGGCUCCUGCUGCCGAGUGGUUUAAGCUCAACACGGAUGGUGCGUCACAGGGCAAUCCUGGCUUAGCUACGGCUGGGGGAGUGCUUCGAGACGGAGAUGGUCGGUGGUGUAGUGGUUUCGCUUUGAAUAUUGGGAGAUGUUCAGCUCCUCUAGCGGAGCUGUGGGGGGUCUACUACGGCUUAAUGAUGGCGUGGGAGAAGCAGAUACCGCGACUGGUCUUAGAGGUGGAUUUGGAGGUGGUGGUUGGUUUUUUGAUGAAAGGGAUACAAAAUUCACAUCCCUUAUCUUUCCUGGUACGACUGUGCCAUGGCUUUUUGUCGAAGGACUGGUUGGUCCGUGUUACGCAUGUGUUCCAUGAGGCAAACCGCUUGGCGGACGGAUUGGCGAAUCAUGCGUUUUCUCUGCCUUUAGGCUUUCAUUUGUUUGACUUUGUUCCCCCUAUCAUUGGAGUUGAUCCGAUGGGAAGAUGA